AUGACCCAACUUCUUGGAGGAAUUCGCUACUUCGACUUGCGAAUAACUACCCGACCCGCAUCAAACAAGCCACUGACACAGGUGUCGGACAAAUUCUUUUUGACUCAUGCCCAGUACGCAAAAUCUGUUGUCGCCGAAUUUUUGGAGAUACGAUCCUUCCUUCAAAACCAUUCCAGAGAAGUGGUGAUUAUUGACUGUCAUCACUUCUACGGGUUGUCGGAUCAGUUGAUUGGAGAGUUUGAACAAGUAAUUGAAGAGGUAUGUUCAUAUAGAACCAUGUUUCCCCUCAUUCUGAUGAAAAGCUCGCUCUAAUUUAUUUCGCUACUCGGUAGAAAGUAGAUUUCUGAUGAGGUCAAAGAUACAAUGUGUAUGGACGUCAAGUGAAAUGAAAAUUAAGAAGAAAUCAAUAACGCCACCUGGGAACACGGAACGCAUCUGUCGGCUUUUUACUGAGUUAGGGUGGUGUACAUUCCACGCGACCAUUCGGACACUGUGAAUCAUGUGUCCCCGACAGCGUGAACUAGUUUAUAGCGAUAAUAGACUUACGCUGCAUCUGCCGCACUUCCACCUUCCCUGCAUUCCUGGCGUUUUAAUUAACUGCUCAUGUUAUUCUUAAUCGUCCUUGUGGUGUUGGACUUCGAUAUCACAAAGUCCUACAGUAACCUAUGAACAGUUCUUGUUAAACUACGAUUUAAUUGUGCAAUUAUUUAACUUACUAACAACACAGACACGCCUGUUUCGCCGAUCAUGUACCGCUGCCUGACGCAUCUGCCAGAAAUUCGCCUCGUCAGUGGAUCGCGCAGCCUUUCCUGUGUGUUUUCUGGUAUAUGAAUUCCAGUCUCAACUUGUCUUGUUUAAUUUUUGAGGAAAUUAACGCGCGAACUUGGAGUAAAUCCUUCAGAACAGACCUUCUCAGGCACGGUCCGAAAUUUGAUAUGCAUAUUGCGGAAUAACCGCGUAAUAUUCACAAGCCGCUAAUAGGCACCCAGUAGUAUAUAGUUGUGUAAUUAUUUACCGUACUAACAACAGUCGGAGUGGAUUCAGAUAAACAAAAGACCUCAGUCAAGCGAUUCUUCGCCUAAUGAUUAGGGAGUGCUAUUGUCUACUUUUGGGGCUCAUCUGCACACACUCAGUGAUUCUUUUUCUAUUUGAUCUCCCGCGAUGAAAGAAAUCAUAUGUUUGUUUUUGACGAAGUCAUCAAGGAGGCUACCGCCAGACAGAGCGUAUUAACAAGCAAAUUUUGAUCGUUGCCUGCCGGGAGUUUUGUCCGGUGUUCGUCUUCCUGGUUGAACUUCAGGGCCAAAUUCAGAAAACUAAUUUCAAGCUGGUUUUGGGAUACGGCAGUCCCGUCGGGCAACUAUGUUUUUUUUUCGACUGCAUAUAAAUAUUAUAUUCGACACAAACAACCUAGUGUUGGCCACACAGGGUACAACGGGAACGCCCUACAACGUAGUUGCGAAAUAAAGCACCGAUAUAACACCAAGUGUUCGGACACGCAAGCCCUAGUAAAUUUUGCUCUAUUCUGGAGUGAUGGGUUACCACAAGGUGUAAAGUGUGCAUUUCCGUUUUAAUAGAAAGAUGGGGGCUGCAAUUAAUCCGCCCUAAAUGGCCGUUUGGACAUCCUAAGAGAGACCGGUGAUACAACAGGUAUUAAACCUGCUUAGCAGAUUACUUCACACUUUACCAGAAAUCAGUAUCUUAAUGACUCCUUUAAUUGGCUCAAUCUCGAGUGACACAUCACUGCAGAUAAGGCGGCUACGGGUAUGUCGACUUCCGGUAUUUUCCCACUCCUCUCCCAAAGCCCAGGUGCCAACGGAAGUCCCAGGUUUGCGUUCCAUUGCGUCGUUACGACUGUGACAGUAAAUGCGACAACGUAGAACUAACUUCCACUUGGCCGUGUUGACUCCAGGAUUCUGACCUAACCAAACACAAGUUGGGUUGCUGAUCAGCGCAGAACGACGCACAGAAUCUCCUCAUUCGCUGUGCCUCCUCACUUUAACGAAGGGCAUGCCUCUUGUUUAGAAAGCGACUUUACACCCGGGCACUUGCCAGACAGAAGUGUCUAACAUUCAACAUCUGUGUUUAUGGAUGACUGAAAUGAUCCAGGACACCUAUAUGAUAUUAAAAUUGUACACAUAGGGAAUAUUUUAUCCCGACUGAAUCGCUACUUAUCAUUUGAAACUGAUCAGGGACUUUCGCUUGUUUGUCAAUGUUCUCGAUUUUACCCAGUCAAAAGUCGACUUUCAUAUUGCAAAUAGAAACCCAUUUUAAUGGCACUGAUCCAUUCUGCUAGGACUACUUCUCCCUCUCUAUUAGGUUGGGACUAGCUUCAGUUUCUGUCACAUUUUUAGUUGUUUUUAAAAAUCGGGAAUUGAAAUAAGAUAGUGCGUCCGUCAUUAAGAAUUGUACUUGUGGAUAUUCAAAACCAAACUUACGCCUACCAUGCGGGAAGUCGACCGAAAUUUUGUUUAAGAUAUGCUUUCAAAAUAUUUUUUGAACUCAGUUUUUUCAAAGUUUGCCAAUUGACACGUUUUAAUAUCCCCAUAGAUCUUUGGAGAUAUGCUUAUACCGAGUCAGUCGGUAGUACCAUCCCUGGCUGAGAUAUGGGAGCGAAAACAACAGGUUUUGGUAAUUAUACAACGCUGGACGUUUCCCAGGAGCCACCGUCUUUGGUCUGGUUGGCGUAUUCUGCAGCCAUGGCCAAAGACUGCUGAUCCGCAGAAGCUGGCAGAAUUCCUCGCAUCGUCCCCUGAGUGAGAUUUUCCUUAUUUGAAGCAACUGUCGUUUUCUGUUAGAGUAUAGCCCAUACUUACGAGAUGGAUUUAUCAAAUAUGCCUCAUAUAUAUUCUCCCUCUUGUAUUGCAGCAAAGAUGCACGUGGAGAAGACCGAUUUUACGUCCACCAGGGCAUUUUGAACACGAAUGCGCGGCAUUUUCUGUCAAAUCUUGGCACUGGUUUAAAACAACUUUCUAAAAAGGCCAACACAGUGGUCGAUAAAUGGCUCACAUACCCUCCAAAAGUCCCUGGCCCCAAUGGUGUCAACAUUGUCAUAACUGACUUUUCUAUUAGUCGUUUUCCCCACUUUGCUUCCAAAGUUAUCGCCAUUAAUUGGGCGCAGCCAUAA